CAUAAUCAUCAAUCUUAAGGAAUUGAAACACUACAUCAAUAACAAAAACAACAAACAAUAAACAAUGUCGGCUGCCCAGAAGUUGGUUAACGUUGCAGUGUGUCUGGUGUGCAUGUUUGUCCUCACCGUCGACGCUUCGCUUUCUUCGGUUUACCAGUCAUGCUUCGAUCCAUGCCAUUCUGCUUGCAAAGACACAGGAAAAACCGUCUUUGCAUGCGGAAAAGAAUGUGAAAGGGGAUGUACAGACAAGGCGUAUAAAGAGGGCAAGCUUAAGGACGAGAGCAAGGAACUUAAGGAAGAGGAGAAGGAACUUUGGGCCUUUCAGAAAAAACAAGUUAAGGAGUAUAUGGACAUGCGUUGCAAGGACUUUGAGAAUAAGCAAUGUAAGGACGAUGACAAGGAAUGUAAGGACGAGGCGAAGUUCUGUAAGGACAUGCAUAUGGCCUUUAAGGAAGAGAACAAGCAGCUUAAGGAUGAGGACAAGCUUCUUAAGGACGACAAUAAGCUAGUUAAGGAUGAGGAAAAAACAACUUAAUUAAGGAUGGGAAUAAUAAUAAAGCAAUCUAUUAUAUUUAAUGUGAAACAUCAUAAGAUUUCUAUAUUUGAAGUCAAGAUUGUAUUCUGAGAUAGUGGUGGUACGGUUUUUCUUGUCACCCCUAUCAUGUAAAGACUAUAUGUCACUUUUGUAAUAGUUGAAAGUAAAUAAUUAUUUUAUUUUUUUUCAUAUU